GCCAACAACCACUACCCCCCCCUCUCUCUCUCUCCCUUAAAUUUUCUUAUAAUUGAGAUUUGGGAGAAGCCAAAACCCUUUUGACCAACACUUCCAUCUCUUUCCUUCUAAUUUUCCUACGCUUUCCCGAAAACUUUCCUGAAUUCCAAACACCAAGCUCAUAGCUAUAGUAGAGGUUUUCAUUUUUUUCUAUGAUCUUCAUUUUCUGAGCUACUUUUGACUCUCUUGAUUGUUUACAAAGGAACAGAAUGGGAUGUGCUGGAUCGUCACAGAUCAAAGGAGACGGGGCUGUGAAAAAGAUCCGGAAGCCAAAACCUUGGAAGCAUUCACCACAAAUAACAAUGAGUCAGCUUAUGAAGAUGCGUGAUGAAUUCUGGGACACUGCUCCUCAUUACGGUGGCACGAAAGAAAUCUGGGAUGCACUUCAUGCUGCUGCUGAAGCUGAUAUUACCUUUGCACAAGCAAUUGUGGACAGUGCCGGGAUCGUCGUUCAAAGUGUCGAUUUGACAGUAUGCUAUGAUGAAAGAGGUGCAAAAUAUGAAAUACCGAAGUAUGUUUUGAGUGAGCCGACGAACAUAAUCCGAGAUCGUUGAAGACGAAGAAUAUCAGGCACCGUGUGUGGCACAAGAUUGAAUGUAAAUAAAUUUAUGUAUAUCUGAUGGUAUAAUUUUACCAAAAAACAAUGGAAUUCAAGGAAAAGCUAUCCUUAAAAACAAUUUGGUGAUCUGAAGGUUCUAUCCCCACUGGAUGAGUAUUCUUUGUUGGUUCGAAACGCAAUCUACAACACGUUCAUCUCCAAUACUAUCAAACAAUUGCAUAAAAUUAUCCAAUUAGAUCUAAUUUACCUUUUUUCUUUUUCUUUUA